GUAAAGGGAACUCGUUCCAAUAGCAGAACCGGCAAAUAGUCAUAGUGUCAUCAGCUGUUCCAAUCGGUUGUACGAGUAUAGUAGCUACACUUUAUAUUGUUAAAACGGCUGCAAGCUGCGAUAGUCUUCAAGCAACCACCGAUCUUGUGAGGUGGGGAUCUAGAACGAUUUUUUAUUUUUUCAUCUCAAUCAUCUUCUGAUAGAUUCUUUUUUGCUCAUCAGAAUCUCGCGGCAGUCAGGCUUCGACGUAGAAAAAGAUUAAUUGAUAAAUUUAAGUGUGCGGUCUUGUUGGUCACUAAAACUGAAGAUCGGAGACAUUCUUUAACACUUCCGUAAGAGAACUUACCUAUUAAUUUGUAUUUUUGUCCUCAAAAAUUUAUAUUGGAUUUUUGUUGAAUUUUAAGACAUUAUUAAAAGAAUCUCGUAGACAUCACAGGGGGCUAAAUAGUGUUGUCGAAUUGCCAACAAAAAGCCAAAAACAGUGCCAAAAUUUUGAGUAUUGCCAAGCAAUACUAAAGUAUUGAAUCCCAAAAACAUCCUACUUCUAGUUUUUGUUUAGUUUUUCAAAGCAGGAAGAACGUUUAGCUCGCGUGUAUGAAUGGUAUCGUGGGGUAUUUUUAGUCAUGUGCUUAACUUGGUAAAUCAAAAUAUAUUAUUUUUAUGUAAAAAUAAAGAAAAAAGAAAAAGGUCGCGGCUUGCUUAAUCGGUGGCAAUUAUAAUUGACAUUGUUUCGGGGUGCUUUUUGCGAGUUUGAAUUAAUUUCCGUGAUUUCAAAGUGUUGGUUUGUGUUUAUUUAAACAAAACAAAAGCCCUUUUUUAUGGUUUUAACUUUUUUUUUGAAGUAUAAGCGCUGACUUGUUGCAGUUAAUUAAAAAAAGUAAAGCAACAAAACGAAUUAUUUAUUUUUAUCUAUUCAAUGUAUUUCAUUCGAAACUGAUUAUUUCAACCUAAGCGAAAAAUAGAAAAUUACUGAGUUAUUAUUGCAAGUCGUGAACGUUGAAGCCGGUUUAUAUUAUUUUUGUUAGUUGUGUUUUGUUGAAAAAAAGAAUAAUAAUAAAAUAAAACAUUGUACCCCAACGAAGAAGAACAGUGAUAAACAAACACAAUUGGUGAAUAAACAUCAUCAUCGUCAACAACAAAAUCAAUAUCAAAAGUAUGUUAAUAAAUAGCAAAGGUGUUUAUUAACCCAACAAACGUCAUUAAAAUACAAGCUGACUAAGAAAUUCAUAUAAAGAUAUAUUUAUAUUGUUCCAACUGAUUUUUAUUUUCUGAAAGUUAACAUACUCGACACCUAAUUAGUUGAAGUACAAAUUGUUUAUAAAGAAGUGAUCAUCUUGGAAAUUCCCAUCAGCACAAAAUGGCAAAGGAUUUCAAGUCAUUGGGUUGGGACUACCUGACAUUUGUGGCAUUUAUAACCUUUUCAAUAUUUGCACCCUUAUGGGGACGGAUUUUUGGCAAAAAGAAACAACGCAGCAAAGCUGAUUAUGUAUUCGCUACAGGCGGAGUUUCGAUGAUAGCAAUUAUGUUAUCUAUAGCCAGAGGAACUUUGGGAAUCCGAUCGGUUCUAGGUUAUCCGAGUGAGUUAUUCUACCGAGGUUCAGCAAUGUGGGAAACAAUGUAUGGCAUGGUGAAUGCAUACCCUAUUGUAUGUUUUGUUUUUGUUCCAGUUUAUUUUAAUUUAGGCAUAACUUCAGUAUAUCAGUAUUUAGACUUAAGAUUUAAAAGCAGAUUGGUAAGAUGUCUAGCAUCUGGCACCUACGUUGUUAGACAAAUUUGUAAUCUAGGAAUUACAAUUUACACCCCAAGCAUUGCUUUGUCGACGGUUAUUGGAAUUCCAUAUUGGAUAUCAAUAGCAGCUAUGUCCAUAAUUUGUAUAUUUUUUACGAUUAUGGGAGGCCUUAAAGCUGCCAUCAAUGCUGAUGUUAUCCAAACAGUAACAAUUGCUGCUUUAACAAUCGCUGUGAUAAUCAAAGGAAGCUACUCGAGUGGAGGCCCUGCACAUGUUUUUGAAGUCAAUCGGGAAAAUGGUCGUUUACAAUUCUUUAAUUUCACUGGCGAUUUAACUGUUCGUGUUGACACAUUUUCAGCCUGGUUAGGACAAUUAUUUGUUUCAUUGUCCCAAUUUGGCUGUCAACAAAAUUUUAUGCAACGUUAUGUCAGUUUAAAGUCACUUAAAGACGUAAAAAAGGCAAUGAUGUCGAACAUUCCCAUAAUAAUUAUGUUCUUUUCACUGGCGUGGAUUGCUGGAAUGGUAGUCUAUUCGACAUAUGCCGCUUGUGAUCCCUUAAAAGAAGGAUUCAUUGGAAAACAAGACGAAAUCCUACCGUUUUUCGUUGAAGAUCAAAUGGCUUUUAUUCCCGGCUUUUUGGGAAUAUUUAUGGCAACAUUAUUUAAUGGAGCAUUAUGUAUGAAUGUUUCAAAUUUGAAUUCACUGGCAACUGUUUUGUGGGAGGAUUUCUUAUCUCAAUUGCCACAAUUCAAAGGACUAACCGAUAAACAGCAGCUGAGUGUUAUUAAGGUUGUAACGGUCAUUUUUGGAAUUAUUAUAAUGGGCGUUGCAUUCUGUGUUGGCCUUCUAACUGGCGUAAUAGAAUCAUCAAUGUUGGCGUUUUCUGCAACAUCUGGACCACUGCUGGGAGUUUUCAUUUUGGCCAUGUUAGUGCCAGUAGCCAAUUGGAAGGGAGCAGCCGCUGGUAUGAUCAGUUCUAGUUUGGUUGUACUUUGGAUUGUCUUUGGAGGCCUUACACUUAACAAGACAAAAGAAAUGCUACCCACUUCAACUGAGGGUUGUUCGAAUCAUACGUUUUCACAAGAGAUUUCAAAACCUCAUUCCUUGUGGCUGCUGCAAACAGAACCGGUGGAGAUAAAUAUGACGUCAUACCCUUAUAGUACAACACCGAUGCCCGAAAUUGAAAGAACAUUCCUGCAGUCAAUCUAUUCGCUCAGUUUUAUGUUCUACAGUUUUCUGGGCACCGUCCUUACCGUGGUCAUAGGUGUGCUUGUAAGCUGUAUGACACGAAAUGACUCGGAAGAUCGUUAUGACAACAAACUCUUGCAUCCUCUUAUAUUCAAAUGGUGCGAAAGCUUCCCCGGACCCAAACCCUACUACAUCAAAGAACCAAUUGCAGUUAGUACAUCAACCGUUGGAACAACAACCACAGAAAUUCAAAAGUCGCCGAAAAUAAAAAAUAAUGCCCAAAUAAACCAAGCCCCCAUAAGUGCAGAUGGUUAUGAUCUUCGAUCGUCUAGCAAAGACAAGAAUCUUCCACUGGAAGUGAAGCUAACAAAUAUACCAUAUGGCACAACAGUGGCACCCAACAACUCAACAAUUGAAACAAAAGAUUUAAAUUCCAAUGUAUCAGAUACCAAUCAGUUAUCAUUACAUGCGAAUCUUAACAGUGGAUCUUAUCGUAAAAUAACAGAGAACGAUAUAGUAUAACAGUGGAUUUAAUUAUACUUGAGUGUUGUAUUUUAUUCUCAUUAUUAUGUUUCAAACUAACAUUAACUACUAAUUUUGAGAACGAGGCUGAAGAGGGGCAGUUUUUAUUUGGUCGUGACGGAAUGUUUAGUAUUGCUUGUUUUAUACUUAACUCAUUAAAUUUUGUUUAUAUAUCUCUUGUUUCAUCUCUGUUAAUAUGUAAUUGUUAUUAUAUGCAAUUCCAGGUGAAACUGUGAUAAAUGAUAAAAUAUUUGUAUAAAUUUGAAUUUGUAUAAAAAACCGAAGUUAAGUUACUUGGUAUACAAUUGUAGACUUAAAUAAUUCAGAAAUUAUAAUCAUACAUUCUAAGUCAAAAUCUUUUUGUUUAAAUGUUUUAUACGUGUAUAAUGUAUAAUUAAAAUAAGUUUAAUUUAUUUCUUUUUUAAAAAACAAAGUCAGAAAUGAAAAACGUUUUCUUAUUUACAAUACAUAAUUUAAAAGUAAACAGAAAUUCAAGAAGACUUAAAACUUAUAUAAUGAUAAGCCAAUAUAAACAAAAUAAAUUUUAGUGACAAUAACCCAGUGACUUCUAAAAUUAUAUUCGAAUUAUUUAAUUCAAACUUAUCGAAAGCGUUUGUCAAUUUAUUUCGAAUUUUGUCUUAUAUUAAGUUACAUAUUAUAAUGUAAUUAAAUAUUUUUUUCUUUUGUACUUUUUAUGGUGAAUUAAUGCACUGAAACCUGAAAAUAUUGUAAAUAAUCUAAUAUAUUAAUAUAUAUCUUUGUAAAUAAUUUGUACUUAUAUAGCUUAGAUGAUAAGAUUUUAAAAUAAAAACAAACAUGCGUUAUGUGAUAAUUUUCUUGGAAAAAUUAUAUAUAUUCUUAUUUACCUAAGGA